AUGACAUUUAAGGUAUAUCAAGUAGCGUAUGUUAUAGUUAAAGCAGCUAAUGCACCUCGUCCUGGUAACUGGAUAUUACAGAGAUCUGUAGAUGGUAUCACCUAUAAACCAUGGCAGUAUUUUGCUUUAAGUGAUUCAGAAUGUCGAGAAUUCUAUGGUAUUCAGCCUACCUCUGGUGUACCCAAAUUUUCCAGAGAUGAUGAAGUCAUCUGUACUUCUAGAUAUUCCAGACUCAAUCCUUUGGAAAAUGGAGAGAUUUUUGUAUCUUUAAUCAAUGGAAGACCUGGGGUGAAAGAGCCAACUAAAACAUUAUUGGAAUUUACUUCAGCCAGAUAUAUCAGAUUGAAUCUACAGAAAAUCAGAACAUUACAUGCAGAUUUAAUGAAUUUCAGGAAUAAUGAGAAUCUGACUCAUCUUGAUCCAACAGUUACCAGGAGGUAUUUUUAUUCUAUAAAAGAUAUAUCCGUUGGUGGUCAAUGUAUUUGUUAUGGUCAUGCUAGACUUUGUAGAGCCCAAGGAGCUGACAAUAAUCUACAAUGUGAGUGUGAACAUAAUACAUGUGGUAAGAAUUGUGAAGUCUGUUGUCCAGGUUUUAAUCAGAAGCCAUGGGGUCGUGGUGUAAAUGGCAAUGGUAAUGGUUACAAAUGUGAAGCCUGUAAUUGUCAUGGUAAAGCUAGUGAGUGUGUCUAUAAUGCUACAGUGGACAGUUUAGGAUUAAGUUUGAAUGAAAGAGGUCAAUAUGAUGGUGGUGGUGUUUGCAUCAACUGUCAGAGUAACACAGGGGGAGUCAACUGUGAAACUUGUAUUGAAGGAUAUUUUCGACCCAUGGGUGUACCUGCCACUGCACCAAAACCUUGCAGACGUUGUAGCUGUCGAGAAACAAGAACAUCUACUUCUAGAUGUGUGACAGAUGAUAGUCGCAUAUCAGAAGGCCUGAAACCAGGUGACUGUAUAUGUAAACCUGGAUUUGGUGGUGUAAGAUGUGAGCAGUGUCAAUUUGGUUUUUAUGGUUACCCCAAUUGUAAGCCAUGUCCGUGUAAUCCAGCUGGUAGUGCUAAUCCUGCCAUCUGUGACAGGAGAUGUGUUUGUAAGGAAAAUGUAGAGGGUCGACAAUGUGACAGAUGUAGACCAGGAUAUUAUAAUUUAGAUAGAAACAAUCCUGAGGGUUGUACCAAAUGUUUCUGUUUUGGGGUGACAACAUCUUGUGGUAGCUCAGAUUGGGGAAUAUCACAGGUGACAGAAAUGAAUGGUUGGGUAUUGUCAACAAGAAUGGCUGAUGGUCUAACUCUGUUACCUCGAUCAUUUAAUGGCUGGUUAGAGGCAAAGACCUAUAUCCUGACAGGAAGUGAUGUUGAAGGUACUGGAAGCUGGCCUGUCACUCAAACUGAUAUUCAUUACUGGGUGGCACCUAUGGUCUUUACUGGAAACAGAUUGUCAUCUUAUGGUGGAAUGUUAAAGUUCACUAUAAAGUAUAUCUUAGAUUCUAAUAUUGACAAGAGGUAUCAUCUCAGUGAGCCAGAUGUUAUUAUUGAGGGAGGAGGUAUGAUGAUAACAAAUGGACAGAAAUAUCUGAGAGAAGAAAUAGAAAAUAGAGUUGGUAUUGUUCUUCAUGAAUCAGAAUGGAGGAAACUUAUCACCGUGGACAACAGACUGACAGAAGUUCCUUUAACCAAGGGAGACAUGAUGAGAGUCUUACAAAGCAUUAUGAGAGUUAUGAUUAGAGCUACUUAUCAUACAGCUCAGGAUACUGUCUAUUUGAGAGAUGUGUCAUUAGAUGUAGUUAGUCCAUCAUCACGAAGUCCAAUGACUCUAAAGUCUGUAGAGAAAUGUAAUUGUCCACCAGGUUAUGCUGGAUUAUCUUGUGAGAGUUGUUCCCCUGGAUGGAGAAGACAGAAUGGUACUCUGUAUAAUGGUGUAUGUUUACAGUGUAAUUGUAACAGACAUUCUAGUGAUUGUGAUACAGCUACUGGAACCUGUAUGAAUUGUCAACACAACACUACAGGUCCUAAUUGUGAUAGAUGUAUUGAUGGUUUCUAUGGUGAUCCAAGACGCGGUUCCCAAGAUGAUUGUCAACCAUGUGCCUGUCCAUUACUCAAUCAACAGAACAAUUUUGCUGAUCAAUGUGUGUACAGUCCAACUUUAGAGAAUCGUUUUGAUUAUCAGUGUUUAAGAUGUAGAGAAGGUCACACUGGUAAACAUUGUGAACAAUGUGCAGCUGGUUACUAUGGUAACCCUAUGAUGAGAGGUGGUUAUUGUAAACCAUGUAGUUGUAGUGGUAAUAUAGAUGUUCUAGAGCCAGGAAGCUGUAAUAGUAUAACUGGAGAGUGUCAGAGAUGUCGGAAUAAUGCUGAAGGAGAAAAAUGUGACAGAUGUAAACCAGGAUAUUAUGGAGUAGCUCUGGAAGGUGGUUGUACAGCCUGUAAUUGUUAUAUAAAUGGAUCCUAUAGUGAGAAUUGUAGAAGCAAUGGAGAAUGUUCUUGUAGGCCAAGAUACACUGGUAAACAGUGUGAUAGAUGUCAGUCAGGUUAUGGUGAUAUUAAGAAUGGUUGUAGUAGAUGUCGAUGUAACCGUAUUGGUUCUGUCAAUACACCAUGUGAUAAUGUAUCAGGACAAUGUCGAUGUCAUAAUGGAGUAACUGGGUUGAAAUGUGAUCGAUGUAAAGAUGGAUUCUACCGAUUGACUUAUGAAGGAUGUACAGAUUGUGAGUGCUACAGAAGAGGUACCUAUAAUAACAGUGGUAGAUGUCAUUCUAUGUCAGGACAAUGUAAUUGUUUACCCAAUGUACAAGGAAGAAAAUGUGACUCCUGUCCAACUGGAUAUUGGGGUUUGGACUUUAAUGAAGGUUGUAAAAGAUGUGAAUGUAAUAAUGUAGGAGCUAUCAAUGCUCAAUGUGAUGUUAGAAAUGGACAGUGUACCUGUCGUAAUGGUGUUGGUGAUAGACAAUGUGACAGAUGUCUACCUGGUUACUAUGGUUUCCAUUAUGAUGGCUGUAAAGUUUGUGAACCUUGUAAUAAAGAAGGUCAUAUUUGUGAUCAGCAGACAGGCAAGUGUGUCUGCCCACCCAAUAUGUCAGGUCCUAAAUGUGAGAAAUGUGAUGAUAACAAUUGGGGAAUAGAUAAUAUCACUGGAUGUAAGCCAUGCAACUGUAACACUUUAGGCGCUCGAAGACAGCAAUGCAAUAGGCGUACUGGACAAUGCAAGUGUCGAAAAGACUUCACUGGUAUUCAAUGCGAUCAAUGUCAAGUUGGUCACUUCAAUUUUCCAGUAUGCGAUGCUUGUAAUUGUAACAUUAAUGGCACAAUGUCAGACACUUGCAAUGACUUGUCAAGUUGUGAGUGUGAUAAACGUGGUCAAUGCCAGUGUAAGAGGAAUGUAGAAGGGCAAAGAUGUACAGAUUGUAAGAGAAAUACGUUUGGUUUUGAUUCAACCAAUCCAUAUGGUUGUACAGAAUGUUUCUGUUUUGGUAAAAGUCAGACUUGUCGUCAAGCACCAUAUGUGUGGACAACGGUGUCACUACCAGUUCAGAGAGUAAGCAUCAGCCAAUCUGCAUCCGAAGAGGUACAGUAUCGUCAUGGAUACCCUGUGAUAAGGACUGGUGUAACAAGAAUAAGAGUUCCACCACAGUCUGUCAAUGAGAUGUUGUAUUGGAGUUUACCAUCUGAAAUGUUGGGAGAUAAGACUAGAUCCUACAAUGGUAAAUUGGACAUCAUUCAUUAUUUUGAAACAGCCAAUCCUGAUGAGAUUGAUUUUAGACUGAUGCCAUCUGUAGUGAUCAUGAUGGGAAAUGGUUUCCAGAUCUACUAUCAUGAUAAUGUUACCCUAGAAUCAUCAAAUCCACAAGGUUUCUCUAUAAGACUACAUGAGUAUUAUUGGCGCCACUCUAGUUCUAUCUAUCCUAUAAGUAGAGCACUGCUAAUGGUAGUGUUACAGAAUGUGGAAGCUAUCUUAAUUCCAGCAACUAAUGAUGGUAGAGCGAUAUAUGCAGAACUUGGUCCUAUUGGUCUACAAUUAGCUCAACCAGUACGUGGUGUAGAUAUUACAGAUAGAGCAUUAGGUGUAGAAAUCUGCCAGUGUCCUGAAGAAUAUUCUGGUGAUUCUUGCCAGAAUCCUGGAGAUGGGUAUUAUCGUGAGAAACAGAAUGGUACCAUUGGUAACCCUAUUAUUACUAUAGGUAUUAGUAGACCAUGUCAAUGUUAUGGUCAUAGUGAUAAAUGUGAUAGUGAAACUGGACAAUGUACUAACUGUGUGCAUAACACAACAGGAAAGCAUUGUGAUAACUGUGCACCAGGAUAUUAUGGUGUAGCUACUCGAGGUUCACCAUGGGAUUGUGCUCCAUGUGCUUGUCCAUUAAUAGAUCGAAGUAACAAUUUUAGUCCAACAUGUCUGAAUAGAGGUGGUAAAUUAGUAUGUACUAACUGUACUGAUGGUUAUGAAGGUGAAAGAUGUGAAAGAUGUUCAGCUGGUUACUAUGGCAACCCAUCUAUAGUUGGUAAAAUCUGCCAACAGUGUAAUUGUAAUCCAGAGGGUUCAGUGUCGCCAGAAUGUGAUUUGAUAACUGGGCGUUGUUUAUGUUUACCAGGAAUAGAAGGUGAUAAAUGUAACCAAUGUCAACCAGGUUCUGCUGUACAAAAUGGAACCUGUACAUCAUGUUAUGGAGGAUGUACUGGUAUUCUAUUAAUUGAUUUACAAGAGUUGGAUGCUCAAUUUGGUGGUAAAAACUUUACUGUACCAUUGCCAUGGAAAACAUUAUACAAGAUUGAAAAUGAUACAAAAAUGUAUAGAGAACUAUUGAAUGCAGCCAGCUUUCAGAGUGGAUCAAAAUUUCCACAGUUUGAAAAUGGUACUAAAUUUUUAGAGGAAAUAGCAAUAAGACUAAUGAAUAGGGUUGAAUAUGUUGAACAAAAAUCAUUGGAGACAGCUGAAGAAGUUGAUGGUAUCUCUAAAGAUGCUGCAGACUUGGAACAAUUCAUCAAAGAAAUGUUCAGAAAUAUCAGAGAUGAUGCAGAGAAACUGGAAGAUUUGGUUAAGAAGUUGAUCUAUGAACAAGCUGGUUUAGAUGUGUCUGCAGCGUUGGAUGAAGCUAAGAGAAUCAUCAGAAAAAUAGAAAGAAGAGAUUUUACUCAAGAUGAUGAAAAAUCUAAGGAUGAGAAAUGGCAAGCUCGAAAACUAUAUGAACGGGUCAAAGAUCUAGAUGAAAUGAAUUUUAAUGGAAGUAAAGUUGAUGAAAAGAUUAAAGAUAUAGUAAGAAGACUAGAAGAUUUAAAAGAGAGAAGUAAGGAGGCUCGGGAAAAGGCUAAAAGAGUCAUUGAUGAGGAAUCCAGUAAACUUGCUAAUCAGAUAGCUUCCCUCGAGGAUAAGAUCAAUGAUGCUAAAGAUUAUAGAGAUGAUGCUGAUCUGAUGGAUAAGAUCAAUGAUGCUAAAGAUUAUAGAGAUGAUGCUGAUCUGAUGGAUAAGAUCAAUGAUGCUAAAGAUUAUAGAGAUGAUGCUGAUCUGAUGGAUAAGAUCAAUGAUGCUAAAGAUUAUAGAGAUGAUGCUGAUCUGAUGGAUAAGAUCAAUGAUGCUAAAGAUUAUAGAGAUGAUGCUGAUCUGAUGGAUAAGAUCAAUGAUGCUAAAGAUUAUAGAGAUGAUGCUGCUCUGAUGGAUAAGAUCAAUGAUGCUAAAGAUUAUAGAGAUGAUGCUGAUCUGAUGGAUAAGAUCAAUGAUGCUAAAGAUUAUAGAGAUGAUGCUGAUCUGAUGGAUAAGAUCAAUGAUGCUAAAGAUUAUAGAGAUGAUGCUGCUCUGAUGGUGGAUGAUGCUAAUUAUUAUAUAAAAGAAGCUCGAGAUCAUUUGGAUAGGUUGAAAGAAAACUAUAUUGCUUUAGAAAGGAAAGAAUCAUCAUUAGAUAUGGUUUUGAAUAUAUUGGAUUCUACUUAUUAUGAUCUACGUCAAAAUCUCAACAUGGCAGAAGAUAGUGUGAGAAAAGCUUGGCAGAAAGCAAGAGAGCUAGAUAAACAAGCUCAAGAUUUAGAUAGAUUAUUUUCAAAGACAAGGGCAGAUGCUGAGCUUCCGUUGAGAGCUGCCAAAGUUUAUCAAAAUAUAGUGGAUGCUAUUAAGUUGGCUGAAAAUGCUUCAAGAAAUGCUCUAAAGGCUGCAAGAGAUACUGCUAAUAUUGCCAAUAUUGAUGGAUUAAGGAAUGAUGUUAGAGAAUCUAAAGAGAAAAGUCAAAGAUUAUUGGACACAGCUAGAAUGUUACAAACUAGAGGUUUAGAAGAUGGUUUACUAUAUGUACAAUCUGAUCUAAAAGAUCUAAUGAUGAAACAACAAUCUAAUAGAGAUAUGUUAAAUAUGAUUAAUAGAGAUAUGGAUAAUCUACCUAAAGGAUUAAAGCGUAAGAUAGAUGAAGUUGGUUAUAGAAUAGCUAAUAUUGGUAAUCGUGUGGAUAGAACAGCUGAUCAAGUUGGUGAUACAGUAGAUCGAAUCAACAAAGAAUUAGAACCAAAAUUAGACAAGUUACGUGAUAUUGAUAUGAAAGCAAUGAUUAGUCAUAUACGUAUUUCCAGUAAGAAUGCAUCAGAAAAUGUGAUAAUUUUAAAGAAUUUAACAGAUAUUGUUGGUAAACAAUCACAAGCAGCUAAAAGAUUAAAUGCCGAUGUUUCGGGAAAAAUCAUACGCUUAAAAGAAAAGAUCAGAUUGGCCAGAGAAAGAGCUAAUAAUAUGAAGCUGUCUCUAGCAGCUGAUGGAGAAUGUAUGAGAUCUUAUAGAUCUAAAGCUACACCAAGUACAGCCAAUACAAUUGACUUUGCCUUUAAACUUAAUAAAUCAGCUAAGAAAGAAGAGAUGUUGUUGCUAUUGGUCCAGAAAUCACCCACGGAAUAUAUGGCAGUAGAAGUAAGAAAUAAGCUGGUUUAUUUCCGGUGGAAUGUUGGAAGUGGAGAAGGUUUUGUUAUACAUGAACAACCAAUUAACCUUAUUACUGAGGAAACUGUAGAACAAGAUCAUUGGUAUAGGGUUACUGCUAAAAGAAUUGGUCGAAUAGGAUUACUCAAGGUUAAAUCAUUAGCUAGAGUAGCAUCAGAAACAGAUGAAAGAAAUCGAUCAUCAGCCAUUGGUUCAUCUGUUCUGAAAUUUGAUUCCUCAUCUGAUGUAUUUAUAGCAGGAGCACCUGGUGCUUAUAAUCUACCUCAAAAUGUAACACGCAAUAAGUUUGUUGGUUGUAUCGGUGAUGUUAAAAUAGACGAUAUUACUGUAGGGGUAUUCAACUUUAAAACUAAUCAAGAUACUUGUGAAGCUUGUGUUGAAGUUCCAAGUGAGCCUGGAAGUUCCAACAUUUAUAAUUUUGAUGGUACUGGAUAUUCUGAGAUGAAACGUGGAAGAUACCAUGCUGAAAAAAUAGCUAUUAGUUUCUCAUUUAAAACAUAUUGGGAAAAUUCUAUUCUUCAUUUCUCAGGAGAUUCUAUGGGUGACUUUAUGUCUAUAGAAUUAGUAGAUGGUAAAGUAGUAUUACAGUAUUAUAUGGGAGGUGUGAGUCUUGGUAAAGGACAAACCAAAAAUACUUACAACACCAAUAAGUGGGUCAAGGUUUAUGUGGAUAGAAAGAAAUUACAAGCCUUAUUAACAGUUGAUAAUGAAAAGAUAUUUAUAGAUGCUAAACCUGGCUUAACUGGUCUGGAUCUUAAAAACAGUCCAAUGUAUUUUGGUGGAAUACCUAAAAGUUUGAGUAUGACAAAAUUCAAUAAGAUAUCUACAAUAGAAACAGAUGGAUUAUUAGGGUGUAUGAAAGAUGUAUCAGUUGGACCUAUCAGUGUAGAUUUACAGAAUUUAUUUACUGGUAAUUAUGUUGGAAUGUCUGCUGGUUGUAAAGACACUGGUGUAAGAACAGUUGGUUUCUAUGGUAAUGGUUUCUCUAUGUAUGAAGGUCAAAGUUUAAGCAGUGGUGAAACAGAUAUUUCAGUAUCAUUUGUUACCAAGCAACCAGAAGCAUUAUUAUUAUUAUCAACAGACAUACCUCAAUCUAAUUACUAUUCUUUAUCAUUAAAAGAUGGUUAUGUUAUAGCCCAGUUUACUGUAGAUGCCUAUGAUCUCCAGUUAAAGAGUAACAUAACAUUUAAUGAUGGAGCUCUACAUAAUAUUGGAAUUAUAAAAGAUAACAAAAGAGUUGCCCUAAUGGUAGAUGAUAAAAAACACACUGAAGGUCGCUUACCAAGAGGUAGUGAUCAGAUACGUAUUGAUGCUGGUGGAAGUUUAUAUUUAGGUGGUACACCAACUGGCUUAACAUUGGGUAGUAAUGUACCAACUAAAAUACCUCUAGAUGGUUGUCUUAGUAAUAUUAUUAUUAAUGGACGUUUGAUAGCUAUAAAUAAUCCCAAACAGUACAGUCGAGCUGAUAUAGGUAGAUGUAGGUUUGAUGUUGUACCUCCAGUCAGACCCAUAGAACCAGAAGAGACUGGUACAAACAAUGAAUUUCCUUUCUUGGCAACCGAACCAGCCAUUACUAAUAGAAAACCUAAUAAAAGGACUACAACCAAACCGAUAUUAACAACCAGACCAAGUCUGACUACAACAACCCGCAACCCAAGAAGAACUCCUGAAACUGACAAAACAACAUCAGCUAAUAAACUUGAAGUAACGACAACACCUUUUCCAGAAAGUACCACACCAACACUUUGUGGACAGAAACAAGACUAUGGUUAUCAGCAGGGUGGUUCCAGUUUUGGCAACACUAAAGCUAGUUUUGCACAAGUCAAAGUAAAGAGAAGAGAUGUUUCCAAGAGUUUUAACAUAUCAUUUGAGUUUAGAACAUACUAUGAGAAUGGAUUAUUUGCCUUUAUAACCAAUGGUGAGCAGUCUGACUACAUAGCAGCACAGUUAAAAUCAGGCUAUUUAGAGAUAUCCUAUAUUAGAACAGUACCAACGACUACACAAUCAAGACAAACAUAUAAUGAUGGACGCUGGCAUUCAGUAAGAAUAACUAAAGAAAGAAAAGAUCUGAUGUAUAUAAUAGAUAAUAGAGAGACUAAAAGAACUAGAAUUAGAGCUAAGUUAGAUAUUGAUGCACCUAUUUAUAUUGGUGGGUUACCAAAUAAUUUUGACCUCAAAACAGAUCAAGUGGUAAGAAACAGUAUACGAGGUUGUGUUAAAAAUGUGUAUAUUAAUAAAGAUUUAAUAGAUUUAUCUGAUACUAAAAUAAUCAGUGGUGUUGGUCAGUGUUAUAAAGAUGUUGAAAGAGGAGCGUAUUUCUCUAGAAGUUCAUGGGGAGCUUACAGAAAGAAUGUACGAGUAACUAAAGAUUGGAGUAUAGAACUAUCAUUCCGUACCGGUGAUAAAGAUGGUAUUAUUAUAACUAGUAGUAGUGAUGAUGGUCAGUCAGCACUAGCUGUAGAAUUAGUCAAUGGUCAGGUGCAAUUUACAGUUAAAAAUGGAGCCAAGAUAUUUAGAGCUAAAUCUGAAAUUGACACCAGAUUUAAAUACUGUGAUGUUAAUUGGCAUAUGGUAAAAGCUAGAAUAUUGGGUAAUGUUAUAGGGCUAUCAAUAGACAAUGAAGAAGAGGUUCUCAGUAAUAGUCCUGGACAGUUUGAAUAUAUGGAAACUGAAACUCCACUUUUUAUAGGUGGCACACAAUUUGCAUUUAAAGAUCAAGCAGCCACUAGUGUAAAUGCAGGAUUUAUGGGGUGUAUUAGAGACAUCAAAAUCAAAAAUAAACCUUUAGAUUGGUAUGAUUUGGUGGAAUUUGGUAGUGUACGCAGAACAGCUUGUCCUAUAUUUUAGAUUUACUGAAAAGAAAAGCAGUUCAGAUUCAAGUUUAAAAUCAUUCAUGGAUAACAGAUCGUAGAUAAGACUGUGAAUUUAAGAUCAUGUGAGAUUUAGGUGAAAGUUUUAAAUUGACAAGAGUUUAUUUUAGAUUCUUACAAUCAGAUUCAAACUCAAGUCUUAGUUAUAUAACCUUCUGAAAAAACAAUUUUGAUAUUUUAAUCAGAUUAUGACAAAUCUAUUAUGACAGUAGACAAAAAUUUUUUACUAAAAUUAAAAUUGGCAAAUGAUUUUAAGAUGAAAUUAAAGGUUUUAAUCUUGGUGCUUUGAAAGGAUUAAAGGUUAGUUUUGAAAUAUAUUUGUUUGUUGGUU